CCACUACGUUACGUGGCGCCUGUCCCCAUCGUCGCGGCGAGACGGGGACCCGGCCACGACCGUGUCCCCGGGCGGUUUUGUUCCGGGCUCGCGGCACGGGGCGGUUAAAAGCCCCCCACCGCGCAGAGGCCGCAUUAGCCCGGCACGAAUGCGAUAGUAGACCCAACUCGAUCCUCAUUCCCUCCCGCCCCCGCGCGCGCUCCCAUCCACGCACGCACGCACGGACUGGAGGCGCGCCAACAAGCCGUGAGCACGACGAACACAAGCCUCUCUCCCCAACACCACGCGGCCAUGGAAGGCUCCGGCUCCGGCACCGGGCGCAAGAAGCUGAAGCACCGUCUCGCGGCCAUCCUGUCGGUCUUCUCCAGGCGUUCGGGGAGCUCCAGGAAGCGUCGCGACGAGGAGGCGCCGCCGCCACCCCUGGCAUUGCCCUCCUACGCCCGCCUCGCGGGAGGCGGCAAGAAGGCUGCUGGCUGGGGUGGAGCGCAGCACGACCGCCGUCUCUCCGUGUCAGAGCGGCGCACCGUGCCGCUGAUCCGCAUCACCAUCGACUGCGCCGGCCGCCGCUCCGUCGACGCGGCGGACCCGACCCUCCUCGCGCCGCUCGACGCGGACAACUACGCCAGGAAGAAGCUCGGGCUGCCGUACGAGACCAGCGACUGGGACGGCCGCAAGUGCCCGCCGUCCUCGCCCUUCCCCGUGGCUCCUCAUCUGCCGCCCAUGCCGCCCAGGUGGAAGGAGCGGCCCAGCAGCCGCGGCAGGCCGUCGACGCACUCGUCGCGCAGGCUCCUGAGCAGCUCGUCCUCCGACGACGAGUACGACGAGGAGUCAUCGUCGCUAAGGAACAUCUUCUCCUCUAGAAGCUUCUCCUCCGACUCCUCCGACUUCUACAACUGCCCGCGCAAUUCCAAGAACACCAGUACCACCAAGCCGCGAGCCUCCGUGUCCGGGCCGUGCCGCGCGCCUCCUGCCGCUGGAGGCGCGCGCCGUGGCGCGUCGCAGAGCUGCCGGUACAGCUUCGAGCUACCCCGAGGUUCAACGGCGUCCGCGGCGACGGACGGCGGGUUCGCGGUGGUGAAGCGCUCGGCCGACCCCUACGAGGACUUCCGCAAGUCCAUGGAGGAGAUGAUCGCCGAGUGGCCGGCGGGCGGCCACGGACACGGCGAAGAGGACGAGCACAGCGCGGAGGGCCUGCUGGAGACGUACCUCGUGCUCAACUCGCCCCGGCAUUACCCAGCGAUCCUCGCGGCGUUCGCCGACGUGCGGGAGACGCUGUGCCCCUGAAUUCGCCAAUGCAUGCCAGAUAGACCGAUGGAUGGGCCAGGGCCGGCGCUGGAGUGAUGUUGAUAGGAUCAUUAACCUUUUCGAGCGAGAUUAAUGGCAUGAGAGUUGGACAUGUGCCAUGUUGCGCUUGCGCCGUUGCGCGCGUACGUGCAUUGUCUCUGCCCUUCAUUCAUUGCUGAAUCUUGACCUGCUAACUUCUGCUUAAUUCGGACUCUGUAGUUCUGUCAGUGAUGGUACUGCACCUUAGUAAUAGUUCUUGAUGUUUGUGAGCUUCGACCGUUCUACGAAUGUUCUUCGCAGUUUGAGGAGCACGCUCGUGCUUCGUGUGAAUAUAUGUUCGUAGUAUAUUUUUGAA